UCGUCAUGUCAGAGUGGAGAGCACGAGGAGUCAACAUGGGAGGCUCAGCUAGCCGGGAGCAGAAACGAAAGAGCCAGAGGAGUUAUUACUGUUUGACUCAUGGAGUGGAGGAAAUAAGUUAUAAAGAGAGGUACAUAGGUGAAGACCACGAGGAAGAGCUGCUUUCUGAUUCUGAAGAAGGCAGCAGUUGGACAACUGAAGAAGAGGAGAAGUGUUAUGACCCUGGAGACGCCACUCUUACAUUUGUAGAGGGAGAGGACGUUUUAGAUUUUUUGUGCGCUGACUACAAGUCUCUCCGAGCUCGGAUGUCCUGCGGGCACGCGGUCACUCCCACGUCUCUCACCAACUGGUGCUGCUAUUUGCUGGACGAGGGUGACUGCAAAUUCGUGUGCGGACAAACGGACUGCGAUGUGGAGUGGACCGUCGAGGAGGUUCGUAAAAUGGCUCUUCUGACCCCCGAAGAAAUGGAGGUCUUUGACAAGAAACUUUUUCAAAACGCUGCCAAAGAUUUCUUGGACAUCAAAUGUUGUCCCGGCUGCAAAUCCCGUGUGAUGAGAGCUGACGUCCAUAAUCUGAAAGUCCAGUGCACGGUGUGCACAGCAAGAAAAAAAAGGACUUACACGUUCUGCUGGCAGUGUUUGAAGAGAUGGAAAGGUCCGGAUCCUCGUACAGACCGCUGUGCCAAUGACGAGUGCCAAAACCCUCUGGAGAUACUGAAGAGCUGCCCUCACAUCACCUUCGAGGAUGUGAAGGGGGUCACCGGCUGCCCCUCCAUCCGGGCCUGCCCCACCUGCGGUUUGAUGGUGGAGCACAACAGAACUGAGUGUAAAAACAUUUACUGUGCUCGGUGUAAAGUGGAGUUCUGUUUCGUGUGCCUGAAGCUCACGAAAGACUGCGUGGAUGAGGCCAACAUAACCACGUUCUUCAAUCUUUGCUCCGCUGGUGUGGCACCGAGACAGACCUCCAUGCCCGUGUGGCACAGGACGUGAAUCUGUUGAGUCAACAAAAUGCUCCUUUUUAUUUUACUUAUUGUAAAAGGUUCUUCAUAAUUAUCAUAACUGGUAUUUCUCAGACAGGAACUCCACCACAUAUACUGUCUUUCAAUAAUUGUUUGAAUGUACAAUGAUUUAAAGAUAACUCUGAUACAGAAACAAAUGUUUUGGUUUAUACUGAAGA